GACUGCUUUGCCGAAGUCGCGGUCGGGAUGGAGGGGAAGCGCUUGGCGUGGCGAAAGCGGCGGAACUGAGAUUUUAGAAGAAGAAAAAUAUGUAUUGUGCACAGUGGAAUUAUUUCUGAAGAAAAUGUGAUUUCCUAAACUGAAGAAGGAUUGGCACAAAAUACUGAACAUAAUACUGAGAACUCCUAUUUUUUGUAGUAGACGAUUGUCAUAAUAUUAAAAGAAUCUCUUUCGAAGGCUAAUGUGCACAGAGGUGAAAGUAAAGAAGUAACUUCUAUGAAGAAGAUUUUAUGGUUUUCAAGUAUAUUUUAAUUUAUUCACCUCUGAGUUUAUUGUCUCCUUUUUUAUAUAAAAAAACCCCAAGGUAUUCUCAAACAAAACAAAGCAGAACUAUUACUAGCUUGGUGUGACAUAAAGAGUUAAAAGUUAUUUUAGAACAAUGCCAUAACUUUUUAAAGGCGAUUGUCAGAAAUUACUGUGUUUGCUUGGAGUCCUUACUCUCAUUUUAUCAAGACAUCUAUUUCCUGAAAAAUGGCAUGGGUAAAGUUCCUAAGGAAACCUGGAGGAAACCUGGGAAAAGUAUAUCAACCUGGAAGUGUCAUGUCACUGGCUCCUACCAAGGGACUAUUAAAUGAACCAGGACAAAACAGCUGUUUUCUGAACAGUGCUGUACAGGUUUUAUGGCAACUUGACAUAUUCCGACGAAGUUUAAGAGGACUAACGGGACAUGUUUGUCAGGGUGAUGCCUGUAUAUUUUGUGCUCUAAAGACCAUAUUUACACAAUUCCAACACAGUCGAGAAAAAGCACUCCCGUCUAAUAACAUGAGGCAUGCCUUAGCGGAAAGCUUUAAAGAUGAGCAACGAUUUCAACUUGGCUUUAUGGAUGAUGCAGCAGAAUGUUUUGAAAAUAUUCUUGAAAGGAUUCACUACCACAUAGUGCCAAGCAGUGAAACGGAUAUGUGCACUUCUAAAUCCUGCAUUACUCAUCAGAAGUUUGCUAUGACAUUAUAUGAACAGUGUGUAUGUCGCAGCUGCGGGGCAUCUUCGGAUCCUUUGCCUUUUACAGAAUUUGUGCGUUAUAUUUCAACUACAGCCUUGUGCAAUGAAGUAGAUAGAAUGUUUGAAAGGCAUGAACGCCUCAAGCCUGAAAUGUUUGCAGAACUGCUCCAAGCUGCAAACACUACAGAUGAUUUCAGGAAUUGCCCUAGCAACUGUGGCCAAAAAAUAAAAAUCCGCCGUGUUCUGAUGAAUUGUCCUGAAAUUGUCACAAUUGGUCUAGUUUGGGAUUCAGAACAUUCUGACCUGACCGAAGAUGUUAUCCGAAACCUGGCAACACAACUCUAUCUUCCAGGGCUGUUUUAUAGGGUUACCGAUGAACGUGCCAAAAAUAGUGAGCUUUUUCUUGUUGGGAUGAUUUGCUAUGCAAGCAAACAUUACUGUGCCUUUGCUUUUCAUACCAAGAGUUGCAAAUGGGUGUUAUUUGAUGAUGCUAAUGUGAAAGAGGUUGGAACAAAAUGGAAGGAUGUGGUGUCCAAGUGCAUUCGGUGCCACUUUCAGCCACUGCUGUUAUUUUAUGCAAACCCGGAUGGUACACCGGUGUCAACAGAAGAUGCACCUAGACAGAUAAUUCACUGGUCACAUUAUAAAGCCUCUGCAGGAAAUGGAGAAGAAUCUGGAUUUGAAAAGACUACUUUUCCAAAAUCAGACCAUACAAAAGAGAAUGGAUUUGAAGAAUCUGUUAUUCAGAAAAACACUAAAAAAAUUCAGCCAGAACACUCAUCUCUUAAUCGGAAUCAUGUUCAAUAUGGUGGUGUCAGAGGAUCAGGGAAAUUAGGGCAUAGCGAGCACAGGGAAAAGGCAAAGGACAUUUCCAGAGAGUGUGCUCAGAAGGUUGCUGAGAUGAAAAAUAUCUCAUCCUCUUUCAGAAAGGAUGUGGACAGAGGAUCAAAGAGGGAAUCAGGGAAACAGAAAGACGUGCAAACUCAUUUUAAACCAGGAUCACCUCCUUCUGGAAAUGGAUUUAGACCACAUUCCAAUGAACGUCUAUAUAACAGUCAGGGCAGAGGACCAUACAAACAUGAAAAGGUUCACAACCAAAUCAGACCCACUGCACAGGUGUUGGGAUCCAGUAAAACAGAUGGCUUUACUGACGGAGAGAAGAUGAGUCGAAUGAAGUCUGAUAGUGUCACCGGUUAUGAAACGGAUAGUAGCCAGGACUCCAAAGACAAAGGAAGUGUCAGCAGCAGCAAAAGUCGAAGUAGAGGGUGGAAGCCCAUGCGAGAGACACUGAAUGUAGAUAGCAUCUUUAGUGAAUCUGAGAAAAAAGAGCAUAGCUCAAAGACAAAAUUAAAUGCAAAUAGCAGACCUAAACAUGAAAAAGAGAUAAGUUCAAACAACUGGCCUAAAGAAAAUGCAAGUCAAAAAGCCCUUAUGACUAUUUAUGAGGAUGAAACAAAGCAGACAGGGAAUCGGAAUUCCUUUGAUUCAGAAGGGAAAGAAAAUGCAGAAAAAAGCAAAGGAUUUACAGAGAGAAAAGUUCAUAUAGACAGUUGGCAGAUACAACGGACUGAGUCUGGUUAUGAAAGCAGUGAUCAUAUCAGCAAUGCAUCUGCCAAUUUGGAUUCGCCUAUCAUUGAAGGAACCAGCCCAGUUGAUAACGCAGUUCCUAAAGAAAACACUUCUUACAGUGACCAGAAUCUUUCUGUCAGAUAUUCUGGGUGUGUCUUGCAGUCUACCUCCCAGCAGAACAAAAAUUCUUUGGAUGGUUUAAAGAAAGAUCAAGCCAAUACCCAUAUUAACUACAGACCUCAUAAUGCAUCUUCGCUGUCUCAUCUACAGAUGCACAGUCCACCAUUGAAAAGGACUGGCAUACCUGAUUGCAAUAAGAAGUUUUUUCCUUUAACACUUCAGAGCACUUUAAAAGACCACAGUGAGAAAGGAACAAAGAACAGUGUAUUGAGUGAGCAAAAUAAUGGACGAUGGCCUAAAGACCAUGUACUUGAUGAAACAACCAUGCCAGUGCACAGUGUUGAGAGUUUGGCAAGUUCUUACAAUGGGGAGAACCCAACCAUGGCUGAAAGAAUUCUGAACAAGGAAUCUCUCUCCUCCCAGUCACAGUUGUCCCAAACACGGACAAUGAGAUCCAAGCCGGCUCUUGCAUUUUUUUUGCAACAGAAUAUAUCCAAACCUUCCUAUAGUGAAUCAGUUCCAUCGGUUGAGCAUAAAAUUCCUUUGUAUGGAAGCAAGACUGAUGAUACAGCAGAAGCAAUUUACCAAAAUCUUCCUCCUCCUUUGCCACCAAAGAAAUAUACUCUGACUAGUUUGCAUGGAUUAGAACAAGACUCCACUAUAGACCCAAAAGUAACAGAAGUACCAUGCACAAAUCCUUCAAAUAUUGAAAGGCAUCUUGCAAGUGUUCCUUCAAAAGCUACGCCAGAAGCAAAUUCAUUUGCAGAUGAAGAAAGAGUUAAAGCAUCAUUUCAUGGCAAUGAGUCCUCAAAGACAGAUUUUCCAACAAGUUUAUCAGGAAAUGACUUGUGGGCUCUUUCUAGUCAUCCUACAAACAAGGGGACUUGUCUUAUGGGAACUCGUGCUAGCUCACUGGAUGCAAACGCAAAUGAUAUUGUAUCUCUUACGACUUACUUUUCAGUUGAUAAUUGUAUGACUGAUACAUAUAGGCUAAAAUACCACCAGAGACCUAAGCUGUAUUUUGUAGACAGUAGUGUGUUAAGCAAAGAGACAUCUGCCGUGCAUCUGAAUCCUUCAUACCACAGUACAUGUGAAUCAGAUUAUCCCACGCCUGAGCAAAGACAUAAACCUAGCAUUGGAAAUAUGUAUUGCAAUAGGUAAAAAUAGUCAUGAAUGAACACUGAUACAUGGCACAUGAUGGGAUGUUUAGGUGUCUAUAUCUCACUUCAUUUAGAAGUUACAGCUCUUGAAUUGUGUUUGCAUAUGCAUGUGUGAUCAACAAAGAUUCAAAGUAUUUUGAUCCUGUGCUAAUAUAUACAUCAUUUUUCUACUUAAACAAAAUUUGCACCCAUUCUAAGCUAAUGUAGAAUUCAGCCAGACUUGAUACCAGAAAUCCUAUUUAUACAUGUAUUUGAGAAAUAUAAAUAGUCUGCUUUUUUGCAACUAAUUUAUGCUGCUUCUUCAUGGCAUGACUUGUUUAAAUUGUCUUAAAAAUUUGGUAGAUUGAUAUUAAACCAUCAUCUUUAGUUCUGAUUUCACAAUCGAUUAGUUACUAAACCAUAUUUUAGGGCACAUUCUUUAGAUUACAUUUUAGGAAUCAUGCAUUUUUAAAUCUUCAAUUGCCGUUUUGUUGAUACAGUAGAUGUUUAAGCAUAGAUCUUGAACAAUUUAGUUUUGAAGCAGUGGAAGGACAUCCAUCGUAUUAAUUCUGUUGAUUUGGCUGCCGCUAAAUGAACCCUAGUUAGAAUGUAAUAUGGAACUACUUGAUUUUUAAAUGAGCAAACAUAUGGCCAAAGGAUACAUGUAAUAACAAAGUAGUAUAGUUCUCAUAGGGGCUUACACUACCUCAGAUUUCACUUGGGAGCUUUAGCCCUCACAUGAAAAUUGUCCUUUGUGUAAGGCUCUUACAUGGUGUUUUCCUGCUCAAUGUUGAAAGUUUUUACACAACGUAUAGUUUUCCUAUGGAGGCAUUUUCAAAUACUCACCCUAAAAACUGAACAGUUAUACUCCCAUGCGAACUGUACUACCUCAACAUGUCAUGUAUCAUUCUACCGUUUGUAUAUAUGAAUAAAUAUACUAAUUCAGGGAAAGGUGGAGAUGUAUGGGUUGCAAGCUGCAUUUCCCCAUCAAAGUCUUUUCAAGGCUUUUUUAGCUAUAUGAUAUCUCUGUGUAGCUAGCUGAUCAUUUCCAGGGUACCAUUAAAAAAACAAAAACAUCUCCAUUCUGUCACACAUUACACCAGCAGCGAGAACCAUGUACCCCCCUAAGUAUGGGUGGUGGAAGAAUUGUAUGUCUGGGAGUUUCCAAAUGGUACAAGUGUCCUCUAAAACACAACAUCUUCCCCAAUCUUUACCAUACAAACUCAUUUUUUAAAAACCUGAAGUGACUAUCUGAUCACUUCUAGUUUUGCCAGAAGAUGCUAAUGUGACUCAUAAUGGGUCUGGUCAAGGCCAUCAGAAAUUACAUACCCUAGUUUGCCCCUUAGUUUUAAGAGCUGGUCUUCGGCAGAGAAAGACUAGUUCUUGCUAAUGUGUUGUGAGAAUAAAAAGAGAAAAUAUUCCUUAAGAUAACUUAAAGCACCGGUCCUGCCUAAGAAUCCCUUGUAGAAGCCCUUGCAAGAACAUGAAAAGUGCAUUUAAUGGGAAUAUUGAAUUGACCUUCCCUUUCAUUUAGGUACCCUUUAAAUAAAAGUUACAGUAGUAGCAAUACUACUGGUUUGCCUUGUUAAAGUUGUAAGAUGGAAGUUUUUCUUGCUCUUGUAAACUCAACUUUAGAAGUUUUAUUUUAGUCUAACCAGGAGUCUUUUAAAUAUUGGUGUGAUAUAUUGAAAGGUCAAGACUUAUGCACAGAAUGGUACAUAUAAUCAGAAAAUAAUUGUGGAAAAAUUUUGUAUUAGUUAAAACCCAUAAUGUAUCUGAAAUUCUUGAGUCAAUAUUUCUGUUGUCCUGGAUAUCUUUAACCCAAGACUGUAUAGUAGUUUUCGGUUAUUCAAAACGAUGCCUUAAUGAGUGACUUAGAUCGUAUUUUAAUAUAUAGAAUGACAACUGGUGGUUUAAAUAGCAAUAACAGAUGUUCCUUACAGCAUACCUUAAAUACUGCAAAUUGUGUGUAGCAGUUGUAUGUAGUGGGGUUGUUUGGGGCUAUCCUUAUGCUGCAAAAGAAUUUCAUAUCAUGAAUUGUAUAUAUAUUUUUAUUAGAAUGGCCAAAAGAAACAAUAUAUGACUAUUUGCAUGGAUGGAAAAUGCUGUUGGUGUUCCUAAUGUCUUAAUUCAAAUUAUGAGCAGGGAUACACAGAAAAUACUCCUUAGACGUUCCUGUUAUGGGAGCAGGUGGCAGGUCUAAAAUAAUGAGUUUUAGGUUUACAUGGAAUUCUCAUUUAGUUACUGUAGGAUAAAAAUAAAUUGUAUGGUACAAUACUUUCUGAAAAAUGGGGAAGUAUUUAAAAUACCCUUAAAGCACCAUAUGUCGUCUGAGCUUGGAUGCUAUGCAGGGUCAACUCUGGCUAGUACUUAGGUGGGAGACCACCAACAAAUACCAAGUGCUGUAAGCUAUAUUUCAGAGAAAGGCAUUGGCAAAAUGAGCUUUUGGGUAUUCCCCAAUUACAAAAACCCUUUGAAAUAUAUAUAAAUUUGUCAUAAAUGGACAAAGAUGAUUAAAAAACACCCAAAUCAUAGUUCUGAGAAAAGGGAGACAUGCCUUUUGUUUUAAGCCAUGUAAUUGAUUAAGACUUUCCAUCAAAUGCUUGUAUUGGAGUUGUAUUAAGCUCUGCGUUUACUGUUGGCAAAUUGAAGAUGUUAAAUGUGUUAUAUUUUAUCAGGAUGCUAUCUAGUAUUCUGUAUGUCUGUGUGUGUGUUACAGAAGGAUUACUUUGAAUUGGUUUGCUCCCUUGACUACAUUGUGAAAUGCCAUUCAAUGGAGUGUAAGGGUUUCUGACCAAAUUAUACCUUAUGUAUCUUUGUUGGAACCUUGUAAUACCUGCGUUUUUAUACAUACCUACAGAAACCAAGAAUGGGGAUACACAUACCUAAGUUUGUUUCUCAGGACCACCCCCCCCCCUUUUCCCCAUAAAAACAUGAUUGUAUCUUUAGGAACCUAGCUACUUGGUUAGAAAAAGCUAUGCACCUAAAUUCCUCAGAUACUAAAAUUGCCUUCUAUUUAAGAAUUACCCCUCCCCCCCCCCCCAAAGAAAAAGGAAAAAAGAGGAAUCCAUCAGUGGUUUUGGCCUUCCAUGAUGCUGUAUAAGAGAGCACAGGUCAACAGCUGCCCAUCAAGAAUUAUAUUUUGACAGUAUGUUAACCAUAAAUUGUAAUCUAUAAUUUGUUACUUGGCAUUUUGCAGCAUACCAAAUGACUUGCAUCCGUUGCUUUAAAUCUUGUUUCCUUCCUUUUUUGCUUUCCCUAAAAGUAAGACUUUUGCAGAAAGUAUUUCUUUAAAGCAUUACUACAAGUGAAACCGAACCUUUGCCUUGAAUACAGGCCAGAACGUUCAUCUAAAAGAAGCUGUGUGAAGUUAUUGUUUCUAUUCAUUUUUUAAAUAGAAUUUUAAAAAUCUCAUUUCAUUCUUUUUACACACAUAAUGUGUUAAUAGUUUAAAGCCUUCGUGUGUAGAAAUGGAAUUGUAACAUACUGGAAUCUGUAAAUAUACUAUUGAAAGCUCUUACUAGAAAUUGUGUUUUUGACUCUGCAGUAUUGACAUAAACACUAACAAAUGUGAAUGAUCUGGUGUAAGAGCAUUACUACAUUUUAAAAAUGUGCAUAGCAAAUGUUAAAUGUCUGUAUAAAUGAGAAAUAUUAAACUGUACAUUUAUUUUUAAAGGUGCUAAUAGGCACAAUUAGUAAACUGAUUAUGCUUAUUAGAAAGAUGUUGAAUAGUAUAUAUUCUUGUAAAUUGAUACCUUUGUUUUCGUCUUUUGACAACAUUUUGUACAGAUUUGUGGCUAUCAGAUAAUGCUUAUUUCAUUAUAACUUAUGGUCAGUUUUUAUAACAGACCGUGCACUCUAAAUAGAUAUUUGCUAGCAAAAGUUGAUUUUUUUUUAUUUUUCCAGGGUGCCUAUUUUUAUAAUUGUUCCCUUCAGAUUAUAGAUUUGUAUGACUUUUGUAAUGCUAAAUGCAUUUAACAUGUCUUGUAAACAAUACUUUCAUUGUCAUAGUCUUUAGAAAAUUUUGAUCCAAAGGUGCAUUUUCUGCUUGUUCCAACUUGUCGGAUACAAUUAAGUUAACCUAUACAGUGCUUAGCUUACAUGUGCAUAGUUUGAAAUAAGUCUAUUUCACUGCUGCUAAGUUUGGUUUUUUCAAGCAAGCAUGAGCAGCACAAUGGGUGUGUGUUAAUUUUAUAUCCAACAGUAAAGCUACUCCUUAGUUUAGGAGCAUGAGACUUUGCCAUCAAAUAACACAGUGACCAAACUAUCUAGUAUGAAACAAGAUUCCUUACUGACAUGUUUGGUUCUGUGCCAUUUUCUAUUGCAUCUAUAAAUUAUGCAGGUAGUCAUUAUCUAAUGGAAUUUAUUUAUGUUCGUCUAAAGAACUUAUUAAAUGAAUUGUACAUUCUUUCCUAUGGAACCUUUUGUGUAGACAUGUUCGAUUCAGAAUUAAAUACUAGUUUGUUCAACAGAA